AUGGGCACCUCAUUGAUCGUGACGGGAGAAGAAGAGAAAUCGAAAAUGUCGAAAUUUCUGUUGAUUCUUCUCGGUUGUUCGAUUUUUGUCGUACUUAUCAUGCCAACAAAUGAGCAAAAAGAUGCGCAAAAGAAAGCUAGCGAUCAAGAGAAAUUCCGGAUGAAAUUCGCGCAGACAAUGAUGGGAUCAGUGGCUGAGUCGGAGGCGUGCGAUAAGCUGGAAGGUGACGCCAAAAAGGCUUGUCUUGUCAAGAUCAUCGACAAAGUCAAAGAGAAAAUGGGGAAAUUAAGAGCCGAAGAGGAACGAGUAAUGGACGAUGGGGAAAAGAUACUCCCGCACUUGGAUGAGCCAAGAAGACUCGAUUUGAAUAUAUUAGCGAUUCCUGGUUGUCAACCGGGUCACGUUCGAGGACAAGCCGUCGUUUUGGAAAGUUUUGACGAUUUCAGGAAAGUCAACGUUCAUGGAAAAAUCGUUGUGAUGGUGCAUAAGUGGAUGGGAUACUCGUGGACGGUGCAGAAUCGGCAAGGAGGCGUUGAGGCAGCUCGCUGGGGCGCGAUUGGGUAUUUGGCGAAAUCGAUUACUCCAGAAAGUAUGGGAAGUCCGCACACUGGAUGGGGAAAAUCAGGGAUUCCAUCGGCAAGCAUCACGUUGGAGGACGCUGAAAUGCUUAAAAGACUAUCAAAACGCGGGAAACGGAUCAUGAUCGAGAUGAACAUUCGCUCGAGAGUGAUGCCCGAUCCGGCUGGGAAUUCUACUUCACUUCCACCAAAGCCAGCCGGCGCGAUUACGCGCGGAUUGAAUGUCGGCCGGGAAGAUCUCGAUUAUACAGCGGCAGUUUUUUGCUGCUUUAGCACAGACGUCAUCGGCAAUAGGAGAGAAUGGGUUCGA